AGUAAUAAAAAGAGUAUUAUUCAUUCCUUCAAUUAUCAAUCUUUCUCCAGAUUUCAGUUUGCUCAUCUUUUCUUUUUCAACAAGUGGUAUCGGAGCCAUUCAUUUGUGAGAGAUCACAUAUUAUAGCUGUGUGAGAAUUCUUGUUGUCAACAAAAUGACGGACCUACAAGUUGUCAAUGGUAUGAAGAAGCUCAACAAUAACAAUUAUAAUAUGUGGUCAACGUGCAUGAUGUCUUACAUGCAAGGGCAAGACCUGUGGGAGAUAGUCAACGGUAAUGAGGUGGUUCAACCCAUUGAGGAUGCAAAUGGAUCCUUACGGAAAUGGAAGAUCAAGGCAGGAAAAGCAUUGUUUGCCUUGAAAACAACAGUUGAAGAAGAGAUCCUUGAGCACAUCAGAGAUGCUGGAACACCAAACGAAGCUUGGGUUUCACUAGCCAGGUUAUUUUCAAAGAAGAAUAAUUCCAAGCUCCAACUUUUGGAGAGUGAGUUACUCUCUGUUUCACAACGUGAAAUGACGGUUGCACAGUUUUUUCACAAGGUGAAAACGCUGUGUCGGGAGAUUUCUGAGUUAGAUCCAGAAGCCGCCAUCAAAGAUGCCAGGAUAAGAUGCAUCAUCAUCCAUGGUCUCAAACCUGAAUAUAGAGGUUUUGUUGCUGCUAUACAAGGAUGGCCAGAACAACCAUCACUUGUUGAAUUUGAAAAUCUGUUAGCUGAUCAAGAGGCGUUAGCUAAACAGAUGGGAGGAGUCUCGCUAAAGAAAGAAGAAGAGGCACUCUACGUUAACAGAGGAAGACAUAAUUCAAAGCAGCAUACUGGUGGAUCUAAGAAAAGUGAUGAAGAGACGAGGGACCGUCAAAAUGAAAGGAAAAGUCGUGGAGGUGGAGCUUGGAAAAAUCAAAAACAAGGAAGAAAGUUUGAAGGAAUGUGUUUUAAUUGCAACAAAAAGAGACACAUGGCAAAAGACUGUUGGUCAAAGAAGAAGACUGUAGAAGGCAAUACCGCCACUUCUACAGUAGAGGAAGAGUGGGAUGCUGAGGCAUUCUUUGCUGCCGAUGAAGCUGAGGUGGCAUUGUCUGCCACAACAAACAAAGAAGUCCUCCCUGAUUCAGGCAACUUCAAAGAGUUAUUUGAGUCCCCGGUUUAUCUAGAUCUAAAGGCAGGGGAGAUUGAAGAAGAGAGUGGAUCUAGCGAAGCUGAUGGAAAUCAGAAUUCUAGGCAAAGAGCCUCUCCCAGUACUCAAGAAGUAGAGCGACAGCGGCUCCUCCGAAAGAAGAAGCAGCGGCGCGACCGGAUCGUGUGGGGUAUCGUUGCCUAUGUCCUACUCCAUCUCGCCUUGGCCCCCGUACUUUACGUUUUCGUACUCAAGGCCAAGCAUCCCGCGCUCCGCCUCAAGUCCGCCACGUUCGUCGGGGACCGCGACGCUGCAAACUCCUCGUUCAGUCUGACACUGAACGCGGUGCUUGCAGUGAAGAACCCUAACUUUGGGUGGUACAAGUACCAAAACGGUUCGGUUUGGUUUUCCUACGGGGGCCGUCCCGUCGGGAACGGCUCCGUGCCGGCGGGGAAGGUUGGGUUUAGGUCCCGUAAGACGGUCGAAGGCAUUGUCGUGGAGGUGCGGCUCGGGAGCGAUCUCCGCUCCCGGAACUUCACGUUGAACGUCGGGGGAAAGUUGGAGGGGAGAGUGAGGACACUGAUGAUGAAGCAGCUAGCAGACAUUCUUACCAAACCGCUUCCGCCAGUUCCUUUUGAGUACUUAUGUUCCAAGCUGCCCCUCGUCUCCGUUGAUCAGCUUGCGGGGGGAUAUUAGGAAGUAUAAUUAAAUUAGGAUACUUCUUUCCUUUCCUACUAGGAUUAUUCUUUCCUUUCCUACUUGUACUUUGAUUACUCUUGUAUUCCCUAUAUAUAGGGUCAUAUCUCUCAAUAUUCAAUAAGACAAGUUAUUAUCAAAUUGUAUCAAUUUGAAUAAUAAAAGAUCAUUAUUGUU